AUGGCGGACAAGAACCACCCCAACAAGAUCUGCCUGCUGGGCUACGCGGGAUUUAUUCAUGGUGUGUUUGCGGCUGCUCGCCUGCUGUGUGCAGAGGCGCCCUUCCAGCUGACUCUGACACAGCGGCUGGGCAUUCUAACAGGAGCAGCACGCGGGCUGGAGUAUCUGCACAGCUUUGGCAUCGUGCAUCGCGACAUCAAGCCCGCCAACAUUCUCAUCACCCAUGACAUGCAGGCCAAAGUAGCUGACUUUGGGCUGGCACGGGUUGAGGAGGGCACGAGAGUGGGAUCCACUCGAGUGAUGGGCACCCCGGGCUAUGUGGACCCUACCUACUCAACAACCUCUAAGGCCACCACUGCCACUGAUGUGUACAGCUUCGGAGUGCUCAUCCUUGUGGUUCUCUCCGGCCGCCCUCCAACUUUUGACAUUCAGGGGGACGCCACACACAUCCUCAAGUGGGCGAAGGCGUGCAUGGCUGCGGGCACCAAGGGCGACCUCAAGGACCCUUCCAUGGAAGCUCCUGAAGACGCCAUGCUGCGACUGGCUGAGCUCGCAGUCCAGUGCACCGGGGACCGUACAGCGAGCCGGCCGAGCAUGGCAGACAUCGCCAAUGAGCUGCUGGCCGUGCGGAACGAGGUGGCGGGGAGGGACGAGUCGAGCGCCGCACUGCAGGUGGACUCCGAGGUGGACGAGAAACGGAUUUUUGCGAGACCGACCAGAAGUCUGCAGGCAGAGAUCCAAGCGCUUAAUAACAUGUUUUAG